UCUGGCAUACUGUGAAAAAGUGGAAUGGGGUGUCCCCGGUGCACCCGGGACUCCCUCUGGCAUCACUGCUGCAACUUCAUCCCCCCUCCAGCGCUCGCAGCUCCCGCUUCGUCCUUCCCCCUGACCGCCCACAGUGUCCGUCAUCUUGUGCCGUCCUAGCGGCUGGCAGGCGACCACGGAAAUACGUGCGAUAACACGCGGACAUUACAGCCCCUCCAUCCUGUCGAUUCCGGUGACUGAAGCGUAGGCAUGGGUAAGGAGAAGAUUCACAUAAACAUCGUGGUGAUAGGCCACGUAGACUCGGGCAAGUCCACCACGACCGGGCAUCUGAUCUACAAAUGCGGUGGCAUCGACAAGCGUACCAUCGAGAAGUUCGAGAAGGAGGCCCAGGAGAUGGGCAAAGGUUCGUUCAAGUACGCCUGGGUGCUGGACAAGCUGAAAGCGGAACGUGAACGAGGCAUCACGAUCGACAUCGCCCUCUGGAAGUUCGAAACUGCCAAGUACUACGUCACGAUCAUCGACGCCCCAGGACAUCGCGAUUUCAUCAAAAAUAUGAUCACAGGGACGAGCCAAGCGGAUUGCGCCGUGCUUAUCGUGGCGGCUGGUAUCGGCGAGUUCGAGGCCGGUAUCUCGAAGAACGGACAAACUCGCGAGCACGCGUUGCUCGCGUUCACGCUCGGCGUGAAACAGCUGAUCGUCGGCGUGAACAAGAUGGACAUGACCGAUCCACCGUACUCGGAGAGCCGUUUCGAGGAGAUCAAGAAAGAGGUGUCGUCGUACAUCAAGAAGAUCGGCUACAACACCGCGUCGGUCGCGUUCGUACCGAUCUCCGGAUGGCACGGCGACAACAUGCUCGAACCGUCGCCAAAGACGCCUUGGUACAAGGGAUGGAAAGUGGGCCGCAAAGACGGGAACGCGGACGGUAAAACCCUCAUCGAGGCCCUCGACGCCAUCUUGCCGCCGUCCAGACCCACCGACAAGGCCCUACGUCUGCCUCUUCAAGAUGUUUACAAGAUCGGCGGCAUUGGCACCGUACCGGUCGGUCGUGUGGAGACUGGCAUCCUCAAACCAGGUAUGUUGGUGACUUUCGCCCCGGCCGCGUUGAUCACCGAGGUGAAGUCGGUGGAGAUGCACCACGAGGCGCUCACGGAGGCACUGCCCGGGGACAACGUCGGCUUCAACGUGAAAAACAUCUCCGUGAAGGAGCUGAGACGCGGCUACGUGGCGGGCGACUCGAAGAACCAGCCACCGCGGGGGGCGUCCGAUUUCACGGCGCAGGUGAUCGUCCUGAACCAUCCCGGGCAGAUCAGCAACGGUUACACGCCCGUCCUCGACUGCCACACCGCCCAUAUCGCCUGCAAGUUCGCGGAGAUCAAGGAGAGGUGCGAUCGCCGUACAGGGAAGACCACCGAGGAGAAUCCAAAGAGCAUCAAGAGCGGGGACGCCGCCAUCGUGAUGCUGCAGCCGACCAAACCGAUGUGCGUCGAGGCGUUCCAGGAGUUCCCGCCGCUGGGACGCUUCGCUGUUCGCGAUAUGCGUCAGACCGUCGCCGUGGGCGUCAUCAAGGUACGCGUUACAACGAAAAUAAGACGUCCAAGACGCCUUCGCGAGUACAAUUCUUUCAGUAGACACGACGGAAGCAAUCCUUUCAUGAUGUAG